UCGUUAUUCAUUGCCAUUCUUCGCCAGUAGUGUUGUGUGUUGGAGUGUCGAAUAAAAAUGGCGUAGAUUGUUAUGAGGUUAUUAGCAGUUUGAUGUGUGUUUUGUUGGUGGAAUUGUGGUGGAUUUAGUUGAGUGUUUUAGUGUGAUAUUGUUUGAGUUUGUUUGUUGUGCUGUGAUGAUUGGUGAUGAGGUGGUGAAGAUUGGAAGGCGAUGAUAAGUGGACCAGCUAGACGUCGGAUGAUUGUUUUGGUGCCGCAAGGGAGCCCAGAAGAGUGUCACAACACUGGCCACCUGUGCGAUAACACAAGUCGGCCGAGAUCAUUCGUCGACAGCAUCUGUCUGACAGAAAACGACAACAAUUUUAGUGCCAGAAUCGAUCGCAGCCGAAACGAAUGCCUCCCCUAUUGACUUCCAUGGAACACACCAAGCCUGCUUAUGGGAGCACAAUUGGCAGGGAUGGAUACCGAUCAGGCACAUCCUGUUCGAUGGACCAUCAUAGUCGGCUGUCAGUGACUGGAUAUGGACACAACACAUCCUCGUCGACAGCCGGUGAUAGUUCGUUCUUCUCGCGAGGAAGCAGUGAUGACUCCGGUAAAGGAACGACCCUCUUCUGCACGGCGUUGUACGACUACAAGGCUCAAGGCGAGGAUGAACUUAGUCUGCACUGUGGCGAAACUGUGCAGGUUCUCUCCACUGAUACGAAAAUCUCGGGCGAUGAAGGCUGGUGGACGGGGAAAAUCGGUGACAAGGUCGGUAUCUUCCCGGCCAACUUUGUUGCCGAAAAUGUUGCCGAAUCUUCGGCGUUGUCUGACAUCAUUCAAGACAUCACGCCGAAUGAGAUCAACUUCAGUGAGCUGGUCUUGGAAGAAGUGAUCGGUGUCGGUGGUUUUGGGAAAGUGUACCGAGGUUUGUGGAAAAACCAAGAGGUGGCCGUGAAAGCUGCGCGUCAUGACCCCGACGAGGACAUCAAAGAGACCCUGGAAUCUGUGCGACAAGAAGCAAAACUGUUCUGGUUACUGAAACACGAGAAUAUUGUUUCGUUGGAGGGUGUGUGCCUGCAGAUGCCGAAUUUGUGCCUAGUGAUGGAAUACGCGCGAGGGGGGUCGUUGAACAGGGUGCUCUCAGGGAGGAAAAUCAGACCUGAUGUUCUUGUCGACUGGGCCAUCCAGAUUGCUCGCGGAAUGGAUUAUCUCCACAACGGAGCUCCCAUAUCAAUUCUACACAGGGACCUCAAAUCAUCAAACGUGCUGCUAAGUGAGCCGGUGGAGAACAACGAGCUGCAGUUCAAGACGCUGAAGAUCACUGACUUUGGGCUGGCGCGGGUCGCCUACAAGACAACGCGCAUGUCGGCUGCCGGCACCUAUGCAUGGAUGGCUCCCGAAGUCAUCAAACAGUCCACCUUCUCCAAGGCUAGUGACGUAUGGAGCUACGGUGUUCUGCUGUGGGAGCUGCUGACUGGAGAGACCCCCUACAAGGGCAUCAACACACUGACAGUGGCCUAUGGUGUGGCCGUUAACAAACUCACACUGCCAAUUCCUAGCACAUGUCCCGAGCCGUGGAAGAAUCUCAUGGAAGCUUGCUGGGACUCAGACCCUCAUCGUAGGCCGACCUUCGGCAACAUUCUUAUGGAGCUGGACGGCAUCAUUCACUCGGCAUUCACACAGACACCCGACGAGAGUUUCCACAUAAUGCAGGACGACUGGAGACACGAAAUCGAGGAGGUUCUGCACAAUCUCUGCAUGAAGGAAAAGGAACUGAGGAGUCGCGAGGAGCAGCUGAAUCAACUGCGGUUGGAUCAGGAGCAGUACGAGCGUACGUUGCGCGAGCGAGCGGAGGAGCUGUCGAGGAGAGAGCAGGAGCUGCUGGAGAGAGAGCUGCACAUCAUAUUGUACCACAAGAGGCCCACGCCCAAGAUACGGCGCGGCAAAUUCAAACGCUCCAAGAUUCUGCCUGAACAGAUCAGCAGUCCGUCAGAUUUCCAGCACAUGAUAACUGUGACAACCGACCAGAAGUGUCGCAACCCGGCGAGCAACGCCUCCUCCCCGCCCGGCUCCCCCUCCAUCCCGCGGCUGCGUGCCAUCGCGCUUCCGGCCGACGGAGUUAAGGGCAAGACUUGGGGCCCCAGCACCUGUCACCAGCGAGAGCGGGGCCAGAUCUUCGGUGCGAGGGGGGCAGGGGGCGGCUCUGGUGGAGCUGGGGGCGGGGCUAGAGGGGCUGGGGUUGCUGGGGGCGGGGCGAGGGGCGGGGCGAAGCGGUGGAGCAAGAGCGCGCCCAAUCUGGAGAAGCCGCUCAAGUUGGCGCAGUUAGACUUCAGCGGCGGUUCACCGUCGGUGCUAAGUGGCGCAGGCGGCGGAGGGGACAUGGCUGCCCCCGGGGACUGGGGCGCCGCCUCUGGGGUGCUCGACGCUUGCCCGAUUCCGACGUUGGCCACUCUGUUCAAUGGCUCGAUACACGAGGGCGGCAAAGGCAAGACCAAACUGUCGCUGGUCGAGAUGGUGCUCUACAAUAUGGCGGCCAUGUUGGCCGGGUUUGCCGCCGGUUAUGAUGUGCGGCUGUCAAACGUUUCGCCCAUUCAUCCCCGAUUGUAUCCUGAUAGGUUAGAAGAAGACAGCAGGGGCGUGGAGGAGAGGAGAUGGUUUGGAGUAGGAGGAGGAGGAGGUGGUGGAGGGGAAGGUGGCUCAGGGGUGUUGAGUCGAAAGCAGCCACCUCAGGCCUAUCUCAAUCAAGAUUAUGAGUUCUCUUCAACGUCAGGCUAUAUGCACAACACAUACCACGGUCCGGCGAGGCACUACCGACCGCUGCUCAACCAGUUGACCUUGACCGCAUCAGCUGAUGGCGGAGAGGGUGCCUCGGCCGCAGCAAAGCAGCCGUUGCGGUUCACCGACUCGCCGCAACACUAUGCGGCAAAGGGUGCGGGACUCGUGCCCACGCCGUCGCCCCGCCGCAAGUCAAGUACGGCCAGCAUUGAAGCUAACAACGAGUCAUCAUACCCACCCCCACCAGCGCCGAGCGGCGGUAUGCUGGAGCUGCGAUUGGGGGCCGGAACCGGAAGUGGAUACCCGUCACCGGAACUGGGUCGCCGGGAAGGGGUUUCCGCAUCCGGUUUCUACCGCAGCAGCAGCGUCGGUGCACCCAGCAACGACUAUUACCAUCAUCAUCAUCACCACCAUCAUCAUCAUCAUCAGAACAGCACCAGGAGUCAGCAGGACUAUUAUAAUCAACAGCAGCAACCGCCGUCAGAAUACUCGACGCCCAGCGGCCACUACUCGGCUGAUCGGCUUUUUGCAGCGGCGUCUGACGAGCCCUACCAGCCCUACGCUUACGACAACCCUAGCAGCAGUAUAGGCACAGCCUCCACUACUGUGUUGGGUGGCUGGAUGCCACGCAUCUACGGACACCGACGAACACCGUCGAACGUGUCAAACGCCUCGUCGACGGGCGGCUCGUCCAACAUCAACCCGUCCUUCCACCUCGAGAGCGACGAGACAACUGACUACCACUCCGCCUCGCUGCACCAGCCAACACAUCACCCUCACCACCAGUACACAACCUCCUAUGCGCAUGCGCAGCCGGCAACAUCGCAGCAGCGCGAGCAGAUGUCGCCCUAUCUGUCCAGAAGUUUGGCAACAACGCAGCAGCGGCAGGCGGCUGAUGUGUAUGGCAGUUAUGGGACGCCAAGCAGACAGGACUCAGUGGAGCGUAGCGGGAGUGAGCAGUGUAGACCGGCCACCCUGGAGGUGGGACCUGGAGGGGGAACUCGACUCAGGUCCAGUCUGAAGCGCUACAACUAUUCACCGUCGUCCGCCGGUCGCCAGAACGCCGGUGGGGGGUCGUCCAGCUCUGGUCCUGGUACACCAACCAACCCAACCCCGCCGGACAGUCUGACCAGUGAGGAUAGCAGUUACGUGUCGGCCAAGGAGAGCUCGUCCAACUCCGUCUCUCGAGUCCGCUUCUCACCGAUCACAUCCAACCUGCUGGACCUGCCGCCACACGGCGACUCCACCGUGCCACUGACGGCAUCACGGCAUGGCACACGGCACUCGUCACGCGACUCGUCCGUGUCCCGCAGCGGCAACUCGAGGCGGCCGUCGAUCAACGAGCUGGAGCGCGAGUUCUUAUCAUAGCAGACGGAGCGACGGGAAGAGUUGCGGCGGCGUGCCAGGCUGGUCUUGUUGCACUACAUUGUUAUUACCACUAUCCUAACCAGUCCUGUACAGUAGUUAGGUUAGGUUAGGUUGCUGCGUCUGCUGAAUUCCAUGUAGAUUCCGAAAUUUGUUGCUGAAAUUUCACAAUAUUCUUCCCGUGACUGAACCAUCCUAACCAGUCCUGUACAGUAGUUAGGUUAGGUCAGGUCGCUGCGUCUGCUGAAUUCCAUGUAGAUUCCGAAAUUUGUUGCUGAAAUUUCACAAUAUUCUUCUCGUGACUGAACCAUCCUAACCAGUCCUGUACAGUAGUUAGGUUAGGUCGCUGCAUCUGCAUCUGCUGUACAGUAGUUAGGUUAGGUCGCUGCAUCUGCAUCUGCUGAAUUCCAUGUAGAUUCUAAAAUUAGUUGAUUGUUUAUAAAAUAGGAUUAUAGUAUCCUUUGAAAUCAAUAAAAUAAAGAUUAAGAAUACAAAUUAUAACUACUAGUUUCAGUGUUCACACCAUCCUUAAUCUAUUAUUUUAUUUAUUUCAAAUGGUACUAUAAUUCUAUUUUAUAAAUAAUAGAACGUAGCCCUUAAUUCAUCCAUAAUUUUCGAUUGUUUUACAUCCUAAGUAAUCUAUGUCCUAGCUGGUGUCCUUGUGACACGUCGGUUUUUUUUCUGAGGGUGAUGCCUACAUGAACUUAAGGCUUGUGCGUGGGUAAUGAUCAAUGAAAGAUCAAAUCAAGUUUUAUUCAAUGACGUCACUUACAUAACAAAUUCCAAAUUCUGUUACACAAAUGAUAUUACAGAUCAUUGAAUACAAUACUGUUUGCUUAAGAAAAUUCUUGUUUUUUGCUGAGGGUGAUGCCCACAUCAUGAGCUCAAGGCUUGUGCGUGGGUAAUGAUCAAUGGAAGAUCAAAUCAAGUUUUAUUCGAUGACAUCACUUAGGCUACAUAACAGAUUCCGUUACACAAAAAUGAUAUUUACAGAUCAUUGAAUACAAUACUGUUUGCUUAAGAAAAUUCUUGUCUGCAAACAGGAGUUAAUGAGACGGAUGAUGAAGAGAGGUGAAUGGGCCUACGGUUUUAGGUAGAUUCCGAACCACAAGGGAGCGAUUUUACAACUCAUGAAUCAUCAUAUUAUUCAGAGGAGUUGGCUCAAGCGGGCACCCUUCCAAUGGGAGUACCUGGCCCAUUAUUCUUAACUCUGAUCGAUAGCUUAUCAGCGCUACCACUGAGUCAAACCGUUCCCCUAUUUUCCUUAAGGGAACUUACUUAUUGAAGAGGUAUUGAAAAUUAAUGAGUAUUAUGAAAAGGAUGUUAUUUCGAUUAUGUAGAAAUAUUAUGUAAGAUGUUUCUUGGAAUGAUGCUGUACUAUCUAUAUUUUUGUAGUCAUAAUACUUAAUUUUUUUGGCUUCAUUUUAGGUGCCUUAAUGGUGUAUACGCAAUACACUAUUAAACAUAUUAAAACAUUCUCUGUAAAUACUCUAAAAUACCAUUAAAAAUACUCUACAGUGAGGUCAACUUCAUAAUGGCAGUGAAGAAAGAUAUGAGAAAAACGUUGCCAAGUCUCUCCAUUUUGCCACUGAAUGUACACAGCUGUUACUCAAUUCAUUCCAUUA